AUGAGAUACCACGACGGAUGGCCGUUUACGACAAAGGACAACGACAAUGAUGGGAGAUCGGGACGAAACUGUGCCAACGAUCGUGAUGGGGCGUGGUGGUUUGAUGACUGUGAUGUGGCUCACUUGAAUGGCGUGUAUGUCCCUGGUGGAAAUACUGGCACCGAGGUUGACGGCCCCCUGGCAUCGCCAAUACAAAGACGAUUUGGUGUGAGGACGGUUGUCAUGGUGAGCGGUUUGUUUGUUGGUGUUUCUUUCGUCGUUUCUUCGUUAGUGUCCAACUUGGUUGGCAUGACCUUGGCUCUGGCACUGUUGGCAGCACCUGCAAUAGGCGUGUCCAACAUUGUAACAAGGGAUUUGAUUGGUCAAUGUUACACUGAGAACCAUACAAGGGCCUUCGGGAUUGGCGCAAGCGGCGCCUCGGUGGCAUUUGUUGUCUUCGCGCCUGUGACGCAAUGUUUUCUAGAAUUGUACGGAUGGCGAGGGACCAUGAUGCUGCUGGGUGCCUUGUUGUCACAUCUUGUAGUUUGUGGAGCAUUGCUCAGACCGAACAAGAAACUAAACAUACAAAUUAAUGAUUACGAGAUAAUCAGUGAGGAUGUUUCAGCGGAUGAGACGAGUCCAGUAGAUUAUGGAUGUCGAUGCAUCCUAACAUCCAUCAAGGAUCUGUUCAAGACUGACAUGUUCACUUCACCAGGCUAUUGGCUCGUAGUUCUGGUAACAAUCGUCACGACAGUCGCAGCCACAGCGUGGGUUGUGUAUUUCGCACCGAACGUUAACCAAUCCAAACACUUCUCUUUAGCCGAUGCUGCCAUCUUUGUAUCAAUAUUCGGUGUGGGCAAGAUAGUCGGAAACCUAGCUGCUUGUUUCUUCGACAGUUGUCAAGUUGUCAGCACAAAUGCUUGGAUGGGACUGGUAGUCAUUGGUAGUUGUGCGUGUUUUUUGAUUGAUCCGCUCUUAAACUCGUAUUGGCCCAUCAUGGUGUAUGCCUUUAUCUACGGCUGUUUCCAUUCCUGCACGUAUACUCUUUUGGAUGUUCUAACCAAGAAAUCUGUUGGCGCGGAACAGCUGGGCAGUGCUCUAGGAUGGAUCGGUUUAAAGGCGGGCCUCGUCAGGGCAUUAUUUGUCUUCUUUCCAGGACUGAUUUACGAUAUCUACGGCAGCUACACUCUGGCGUUUAUUCUGUUGGCUGUGAUCAACGCGUUAGCAUUGCCUGCUCUACUGGCGCUGGCAUGGCGUCAAAGAUAGUCCGGGGAUUGUCCACGGAAGCUUAGGGUCCGCACAAAAUGUGUUUGCAUUAUCUUGUCAUUUGGACCUUGUAGGGCAAUAUUCCGAUAGCUAUUGUGCCACCUUGGCACGCUUGAGCAUUUUUUAAUAGUUCCCGGCACAAGGAAAAUAUGAGUUUUCUAUCUAUGCAGGCUUUUGCCCAAACUUAUCAAUCGAGGUGUCCAGACCAUGUUUGGGGGUAAACAAAUUCAUUUAAGCCAUUUCUAUUAUGUAUUUUAUGCAUAAUAUGCAAAUCAGCAUCCUCCAUUAUUUAAUUUCCAUCUAUAUCUCCCAAAGAGUUUGUCCAAUCGUAUAAAUUAAAACGAGGAAUCUAAACCCAUAUGUCUUAGGGUGAAAGAAUUCAUUAAAGCCAUUUUACAAUGAUAAUGUGUAUAUUUUAUGCAUAAUAUGCAAAUAAACAU